AUGUCUCCAUCCAUUCUCAUCGCCGGUGCCACCGGCAACACUGGCCGAGCUGUCGCUCAAACGCUGCCAAAAUUGAUUCAUCCAAGGGGUACUCUGUCUGGGCAUCGUAUCAUUGCCCUUACCCGCUCCUCAAGCAGUCCGGUAGCGCAAGACCUAGCUAAAAUACCCGGAAUUGAAGUGGUCGAGAAGAACUGGGUUGAUAUCACUGCCGAGUGGCUCCGUGAGAACCAGGUUGUUAGGGCCUUCAUUGCAUCCCACAACGAGCCCAACCAAUUUGCCGAGGAGUCCACCUUUUAUUUCAACGCCCUCGACGCUGGCGUUGAGUAUGUUGUGCGAAUCUCGACAACAGCUGCGAAUGUGCGCCCAGAUUCCCCUGCUUACUAUCCACGACAACACUGGGCUAUAGAGACUCUCCUUGGCUCGCCUGAGUUUGAUAAUUUAAAAUGGACGUCUCUUCAACCGAACGUCUUCUCGCCACUUGUUAUGUCGCCAGCUGCGGAGUUCAUCAAAAAAUACCGCGAGACUGGAGAGCAGGAUACCCUGCGUCUGAUUCUGUCAGAGGAUGCACCUGUUGGAAUUAUUGACCCCGAUGAGAUUGGUGUCAUUGCAGCUCAUCUCUUAUCCCAAGAUGAUAUUACCCAGCACAACAAGACCAAGUAUGUUCUGAAUGGACCAGAGGAUGUCAAUGGAAAGCAGAUUGUCGACAUGAUUGAGAAACACAUUGGUGCGCCUGUCAAAGACAUAAGCUAUAAAGAUGUCUCAUUCAUCGACAUGCUUUACGAGUACCAAUAUGCGGCAUCUAAGCAAUCAAAAAAUGUCAUCUACUCUAUCAAACGGGCCCCCGAGACAGCUUGGGAAGGAAAAUGCUCGACUUCUACAACCAGUCAGGAGAUUUUGGACCUUGCUGCCCCAAAAAGGUCACCCGCUGAUACUCUGAAGAGUUUACUGGAGGAGUGA